AUGGUGUUCAUCAUCUGGAAUGAGUGGUUUACUGUCCACCAACUGCAGCGUCAUAACAUUGUUCCGGUUGAGGAUCCUAGGCCGGUUCAGUGGGAGAAACCAGAAGCGGGAUGGAUAAAGUGUAAUGUUGAUGCUGCGUUUGUAGUAAUUGAGUCCGAUAUUACUUUUAUGGGUCUUUGCUUUCGUGAUACCAAUGAGCAUUUUGUGGCUGAAGCAUUGACACUAUUACAUACAAUGAAAGAGGCUAUUCAUCGUGGAUUUGAGCGGGUCCAAUUUGAAAGUGACUCGAAGUUGUUGGAAAAAUUCAACUUCAACAUUGUUUACGGUUGA